CAGACUGAUGUCACCGGAACCGCCACCAAAACAGAAACUAUUUUUGCCUCGUUUUGGAUCCAAAUUUAGAUAUUCUGGUAAAACCUUUUAUCAAACACGGAUUGAUAGCGAGCGCAUCGAUAGACCUCCUCUUAACUUCCAACGGACGCUCAGUAAUAGAAGAUUAACCACAAGAAGUAUGGACGGAGCUUUUGGUUAUGAGAGGUAUAGAACUCCUGUAGAGCUGAGACCCGAUGAGAGCAAGAGUCGCACCAUUUCAGGUCAAAGAGUGUAUGAUUCGGACCGUUCGAGUCGAGAUGAAAAGGUACGCUCGGGUACUGGUAUUUCAUCGACAACUGCCACUACACCUGAAAGUAUUGGCGGCAAAACUCCAUCACUUGAUUCAGGCGGCGAAGAAACUGAGCGAAGACAUCGACGACCCAUCGGUGGUGUCGCUGUAUUACCGCCGAUGGAAAUGAGACGUAUUGAAGAGCAGCGAAGAAGUCCUAUUGAAAGGCCAUUGAGUAAAAGUCCUGCAAUACCAGAAGAAUCAAAAUACAACGAAGAGCGGUCGCCAACUAAACAUACCUACUCUAAAACGAGCGCCACUUCUCCUAAGAGUAAAGUCACUCCGACUAAAAGGGAAGAGUUCUUGAAUGAGACAAAUAAAUUAGUACGCUCGGGUACUGGUAUUUCAUCGACAACUGCCACUACACCUGAAAGUAUUGGCGGCAAAACUCCAUCACUUGAUUCAGGCGGUGAAGAAACUGAGCGAAGACAUCGACGACCCAUCGGUGGUGUCGCUGUAUUACCGCCGAUGGAAAUGAGACGUAUUGAAGAGCAGCGAAGAAGUCCUAUUGAACGGCCAUUGAGUAAAAGUCCUGUAAUACCAGAAGAAUCAAAAUACAACGAAGAGCGAUCGCCAACUAAACAUACCUACUCUAAAACGAGCGCCACUUCUCCUAAGAGUAAAGUCACUCCGACUAAAAGGGAAGAGUUCUUGAAUGAGACAAAUAAAUUAGUUUCAGAGAGUCCUCUAACUAGUACUCCAAAGGGUCGGCCAACGCAACAGUCGUUUGACUUAAAGCCGGCCGGAAAUGCAUUCGUCAAAGAAUACACAUAUACUGAAGACGACACUGACUUACGGCGACCGUACAGUCCGAGAGAAUACGGAUUUACUUAUAGUACAGAUCGAAAGUCCGGCGCAGAUAUAUCUCCCAUCGGCAAAGACGAGUUGCCCUCACCCACUGGCAAACGCUUGACUGGACUCGCCUUCACUUAUAAACCGCCCGAAAAAGAGAAACCGAGUGACAGACCGGCUGUCAGUGAAUGGAGUAAAUCUCCGCCGCAAACAAAAGUCAAGACAGAAGUGCCUUCGAAAGAGUCGACAGCUAUUGACCGCACAAAAGCCCAGACCAGAGAUAAGCAAGUGAUCGGUCAGACCGUAGCCCCAAAACAGUCUAAAUUACCCGUUAAGGCGUCGCCAACUCUCGUAGUGUUGGAAAGCGAAACAUCCGAUAAAAGAAAAUCCAAAGAUAAAUCAGGCAUUCCUUUGAAAUCACAACAACAGAGAACUGUUUCUCAGACUUCACCCAAAUCUGUAGAGACGGGCAGAACUUCACGGCAGUCGAAGGACUCGAAGUUAGAUUCGAGUUCAAGCGAGGGGUCGGUCUCUUCGGGCAGUUCUAUGGAUGUGUACGAGAAGGAGACUGUAAAACACGAUCCGACCAUAACUGCCACUCCUGUUAAGACAGUGACCAAAGCGGACAAAUCAGGAGCUGAUAAAAGUCGAAUCGUUAGUUCACAACUGUCUGGUCCUAAGAUAACUCACGCCAGCCGUAAACGAGUGGUCACUAAUGCCGACGGGACUGUCGAGGAAAUGGAAGAAGUCCUGGAACCAGAUAUGAUUGGAUCGCUCUCUACAUCAAAGCCGAUUCACGAUAAGACCAAACGAACUCAAAGGUCUCCCCAAACGGGUUAUCCUAACGUUCGCGAGACAUCAAAGACCGCCUCCUCUUCCAUAUCUUCUGUUUCCAAAAAGCAAACAUCCGGUGAAGAGUUUGGACACGAAAGAGGAGGCAUUCACUCCACGAAGAAGACCAGCACAACCGUCGAGGAAGAGAAGUCUCUAUCCAAACAUAUAUCACAAAACACACGUUUAGUGAGUGGAACUGUCGAUGAAGUGGCGCCUAUUGUGAAGACUGAGAAGAUUAAGUACAGUCCAAGCGCUCAACAAAGUCCACUACCGACUAAGUCUGUUCCUGUCAUCGCAACCGAGACCCGCAAAGUGGCCUACACUGAGACUCGGCCGACUGCGAAGCAAACACAAGAUUCGCACACAAGUCCAUCAGCACUGAACUUAAGUACAGCCACUCCACCCCCACCCCCGCAAUUCGCUAACGACAACAGUGCCGGCACUUCGCCGACCAAUGGUGUGGCCGCACCCGUUGGUGAUGUCGUCAGUUCACAGACUGUCUCUUCAAAAACCAGAACUGUUGAGACGAUAACCUAUAAGAUGGAAAAGGAUGGCGUCGUCGAGACAAGAGUUGAGCAGAAGAUAACGAUCCAAAGCGAUGGCGAUCCCAUCGAUCACGACAGGGCUCUGGCAGAUGCCAUACAAGAGGCAACAAUGAUGAACCCCGACAUGACUGUCGAGAAGAUUGAGAUACAACAGCAGUCCUCAAUCCAGUGAUCCCUCUCUCGACUGUCGCACUCAUCACUUGAGAGCAGCUUUUGUUUCUAUAUAUGAAUCCAUUGUUUCAUUCUUUUUAAGAAAAAAGUAUUUUUUAUUUGCAUUUAUAAUUUUAAUCAAAUGUCCCAAUAAUUAGUUGUUUAUGUUUUUGUAAUGAUAAUUGUGCCACAA